GGCUCGAGAAGUCCCCAAGAGCCACAGGGGGGGAAUAGAAGUAGCAGCAGCAAUCUAAUCCAGGAACUUUGUGGUGGAACUCGAAAGCACUGACUGGAGCCGGAGGAGAUCCAACCAUGAGGACCUCUCAAGUACGAGGCCUCGGCCUCGUACCACUGCUUCUAAUGGUACUAGUAGCAAAUGCAUAUGACGUUGACCCUCCAUCCCCCGACUACAAGUCUCCUCCUCCACCAAAAUACGAAUACAAGUCUCCUCCACCUCCAGAGUAUGAUCCAUCACCUGUGUAUGAGUACAAAUCGCCUCCACCCCCCAAGUAUGAUCCAUCACCAGUGUACGAGUACAAAUCGCCUCCACCCCCCAAGUACGAGUACAAAUCUCCACCUCCACCCCUGAAGUAUGAUCCAUCACCAGUGUAUGAGUACAAAUCGCCUCCACCACCGAAGUAUGAGUACAAAUCUCCACCUCCACCACUCAAGUAUGAUCCAUCACCAGUGUACGAGUACAAAUCGCCUCCACCCCCCAAGUAUGAUCCUUCACCGGUGUACGAGUACAAAUCCCCCCCUCCGCCGAAAUACGAAUAUAAGUCCCCGCCACCACCACCAAAGUAUGAUCCAUCACCUGUGUAUGAGUAUAAGUCACCACCACCACCAAAAUACGAGUACAAGUCUCCACCUCCUCCUAAGUACGACCCUUCACCGGUGUAUGAGUACAAGUCGCCGCCCCCGCCAAAGUACGAGUACAAGUCUCCACCUCCUCCCAAGUACGAUCCUUCACCGGUGUAUGAGUACAAGUCCCCGCCCCCACCAAAGUACGAAUACAAAUCCCCUCCACCCCCUGUGAAAUACGAUCCGUCGCCUGUUUACGAGUACAAGAGUCCGCCCCCACCUAAGUAUGAAUACAAAUCCCCACCUCCACCGAAGUAUGAUCCAUCUCCCGUAUACCAGUACAAGAGCCCGCCUCCACCAAAGUACGAAUAUAAAUCGCCUCCACCUCCACCAAAGUACGAUCCAUCUCCAGUCUACCAGUACAAGAGUCCCCCUCCACCCAAGUACGAAUACAAGUCCCCUCCACCUCCGCCCAAGUAUGAUCCAUCUCCUGUCUACCAAUACAAGUCCCCACCGCCACCAAAGUACGAAUACAAAUCCCCUCCACCACCGAAGUACGAUCCAUCCCCGGUGUACAAGUACACCUCCCCACCGCCACCAAAGUACGAAUACAAGUCUCCACCACCACCGAAAUACGAUCCAUCCCCAGUGUACAAGUACACCUCCCCACCGCCACCAAAGUACGAAUACAAGUCUCCACCUCCUCCCAAGUAUGAUCCUUCGCCAGUGUAUAAGUACAAGUCGCCACCUCCACCACUUUACUACUACAAAUCUCCGCCACCACCCGCGAAUAUGAUCCAUCUCCAGUGUACGAGAUACAAGUCCCCGCCUCCUCCCAAGUACGAUCCAUCUCCAGUGUACGAGUACAAGUCCCCGCCCCCUCCCAAGUACGAUCCAUCUCCAGUGUACGAGUACAAGUCCCCGCCCCCUCCCAAGUAUGAUCCAUCACCGGUCUACGAGUACAAGUCGCCACCACCUCCCAAGUAUGAUCCAUCACCGGUCUACGAGUACAAGUCGCCACCACCUCCCAAGUAUGAUCCAAGCCCAGUGUACGAGUACAAGUCCCCACCACCGCCCAAGUAUGAUCCAUCACCUGUCUACCUGUACAAAUCCCCGCCUCCUCCCAAAUAUGAUCCAUCUCCAGAGUACAAGUCGCCACCGCCGCCAGCGUACUGAGCCAAAAGCCGGAGUCAUUUUUUAGAAAUAACGGAUGUAAGAUUUAAUUUUUACCGAAUCCAAUAACGGUUUUCCUCUUUGA